GCCAACUUUCGAACCGAGCCAGGUUGGCCGAACAUACUCCUGAUCACAUCCAUCGCCAUGACGAUUUCCGCCACUUCCACUGCCGCUGCCACCUCCAAGCCUCAAGAGGGAGCCGGACCGGGGUCCACGGAGAAGGCCGGCCCUCCCUCGACCCCGUACCAGACCCUCAGCAAGUCGACCCCCUUCGCCAACCUGGACCAGCACCGGUACUGGCACGCGGUGGCCCCCAUGCUGGGAGAGAUGCUCCGGCGGGGCGACUACAGCGUGCACCAGCAAUACGGCUACCUGAACCUGUUUGCGCAGGUGAUCGUGCCCAAGCUGGGGCCCUUCCCGGGGCAGCCAGACACCUACAAGUGCCUGCUGGGGGGCACGGGGUCGGUGGAACUCAGCCAGAACGUCCAGCGCCGGGGGCUCACAACGCGGGUGGCCUUCGAGCCGACCAGCUACAUCGCCAGCACGGGGACGGACCCAUUUAACCGGCACGCGGUGCACGCGACGCUGGCCGAGCUGCGCACGCUGGGCGCCGCGCAGAUCGACCUGGCGCUGCACCACCAGCUCCACAGCCAGCUGACGCUGUCGGACCGCGACGAGCAACGCAUGACGCCCGCCCAGAUCCGCGACACCGUGUGGCGCACACAGACCCUGCUCGCCCUGGACCUGAGCCCCGCGGACGACGCGAUUACGGUGAAGGAGUACUUCUACCCGGGCCUCAAGGCCCAGAUGACCGGGCGCAGCGUCGCCGACCUGUGCUUCGGCGCGAUCCGCUCCGUCGACCCGGAGGGCCACUUCUCGGCCGCCACCCAGGCCAUCGCCCGCCACAUGCAGGCCCAGCCCCGGACGGACCUGUACUUCCUCUCGUGCGACCUCGUCGACCCGGCGGCCACCCGCUUCAAGCUCUACCUGAUGGAGCUGGACAUGCGGUGGGCCAAGGUGGAGGAGCACUGGACCAUGGGCGGGGUGCUGUCCGCGGGCGAUGCGGACGUCGCCCAGGGGCUGGUGAUGCUGCGCGAGCUGUGGCGCGACUUUGGGAUCGUCGAGGGCCUGCGCGACGAGCCCGAGCGGCCCUCGCUCCCCGGGGAUCCGGACACCAUCGUGCCGUUUAUUUUGAACUACGAGAUGCACCCCGACCGGCCUCUGCCGGUGCCCAAGUUCUAUUUCCCGUUGGUGGGGAUUCCGGAGCUGAAGAUCGCCGCCGUGCUCGAGGCGUUCUUCAAGCGGUGGGAUAUGCCGCAGCAGGCGGCGGUGUAUCGCGAGAACCUGCAGGCUCCGACCAAAGAUCUGGCGACGGCAACCGAUCAUCAGGCGUGGAUGUCGUUCUCGUACUCGCAGAAGAAGGGGCCGUAUUUGACUAUGUACUAUCACUAG